UUCGUACAAUGCCGUACACGGCCAAAUUCUACUCAUGAAGGAACUCCCGAGUGUUCGAGAGGCAUAUUCACUAAUCAUUCAGGAGGAGAAACAGCGGGAAAUUGGAUCACCUGUCACCGAAGGAGUCUCCAUCGCCGCUGCUGUGAAAACCCAAAAAGGAGCCGGAUCUUCACACCAUCGUCCUGGAAAUCAGACCAGUUUCAGAGGCACACCGACCUCCAGUGAAUCCCCACUGCACUGUACCUAUUGCAAUCAGGAUCAUCACACAGUCGAUCGUUGUUACAAGCUUCAUGGCUAUCCUCCUGGACAUAAACUUUAUCGUGGUGGUUCCAACCCGCCUGGACAUGCUAACACGGGGAGUGCAUCGCGCAAUGGAGGCCGCAGCAAGUGGCACGCUUCAUCUUCAUAUGCCCAUCAGGUUCAAGUGAGCUCACCAGCAGCUGUUGCCCAAACUGAACAGACCAGCACAACCAGUUCUCAUGUGGAUCAAUCCACUCAAAAUCUGAAAAACAUUUUUGGUGGCCUUUCUGUAGAUCAAUGCAAACAAUUGGCAGCAGCAAUGGUACACUUAUCUAAACCCACAUCCGAAAAUACCGAUGCUUUUGCCAACGCUGCAGGACUUGGCUACGGGGAAGAUGAUUGGGUGGGGUAAACAAGAUGGAGGACUCUAUUACAUGUCAUCUGCUUCUCAAGCACCACCUUCCUGCCAUGUCUCCUCUUCGUCCACCCUUUGGCAUCAACGACUUGGGCAUCCUUCACUGGCUCGUCUUAAAUUACUUUCUUCCUUUAUCCCUUCCAUGUCUGUUUCUUUUGAUAAUAAUUGUCAUGUUUGUCCAAUGGCCAAACAAACUCGAAG